AGUGUGGUGUGUUCCUUGCCUAGUUUCACUUGAUACUCUUCAGGAAUUAUGUAGACAAGAAAAGCUCACAUGUAAAUCGAUGGGAGUCACCAAAAAGAAUCAAAACAAUUAUGAGGUGGAAUACUUGUGUGACUACAAGGUAGAAAAGGAUAUGGAAUAUUAUCUUGUAAAAUGGAAAGGAUGGCCAGAUUCCACAAAUACUUGGGAACCUUUGCAAAAUCUCAAGUGUCCAUUACUGCUUCAACAAUUUUAUAAUGACAAGCAUGACUAUUUAUCUCAGGUAAAGAAAGGCAAAGCCAUAAUUCCCAAAGACGACCACAAAGCUUUAAAACCUGCUGUUGCUGAGUAUAUUGUGAAGAAAGCUAAACAAAGACUAGCUCUGCAGAGGUGGCAAGAAGAACUCAACAGAAGCAAGACUCAUAAAGGAAUGAUAUUAGUUGAAAAUACUGUUGACUUGGAGGGCCCACCUUCAGACUUCUUCUACAUAAAUGAAUACAAGCCAGCCCCCGGGAUCAAUUUAGUCAGCGAAGUUACCUUUGGUUGUUCAUGCACAGAUUGCUUCCAUGAGAAAUGCUGUCCUACGGAAGCUGGAGUUCUUUUUGCUUACAAUAAGAACCAACAAAUCAGAAUCCCACCUGGUACCCCCAUCUAUGAAUGCAACUCAAGGUGCCAGUGUGGACCAGAUUGUCCCAAUAGGAUUGUACAAAAAGGCACGCAGUAUUCACUUUGCAUCUUUCGAACUAGCAAUGGCCGCGGCUGGGGUGUGAAAACCCUUGUGAAGAUUAAAAGGAUGAGUUUUGUCAUGGAGUAUGUUGGAGAGGUAAUCACAAGUGAAGAAGCUGAAAGACGAGGACAGCUCUAUGACAACAAAGGAAUCACAUACCUCUUUGAUCUGGACUACGAGUCUGAUGAAUUCACAGUGGAUGCAGCUCGAUACGGAAAUAUUUCCCAUUUUGUGAAUCACAGUUGUGACCCAAAUCUUCAGGUGUUCAAUGUUUUCAUUGACAACCUUGAUACUCGUCUUCCCCGAAUUGCAUUGUUUUCCACAAGAACCAUACAUGCUGGAGAAGAGCUGACUUUUGAUUAUCAAAUGAAAGGUUCUGGAGAUAUAUCUUCAGACUCCCUUGACCAAAGCCCUGCCAGAAAGAGGGCCAGAACUGUAUGCAAAUGUGGGGCAGUGACCUGCAGGGGUUACCUCAACUGAGAUUUCAGGAAGGAGACCUGAUGAGAAUCAUAUUUUAUUCCGUAAUGUUCAUAUUUAAAGCAUUUGAGACUCUUUGAUAUUAUCAAGAUUAUUCCUGUUAAUUUAAAGUCCAUUAUUUCAAGACAUUUGCCAAAAUCAUCACUGUUGAUUCUGAAGAGGACUCAGGGUCACAAAGACUGAUUUCUAACUUGAAGUAUACGUAUUUGGUGAUUAGAAACCAAACGUGGAAGACAAACUACUUAUAGAUGAACAUGAAUGCUUGGUCUGUGUGGUCAGGAAAGCGGCCCCUUGCAUGUUUGAAGAUGUUAAAUUCAUAAGGUUACAAUUGCUGAGAUGCAGCAUUCACCCUGAUUUCAGAGAAACAGUUGAUCCCAUUUGUGCAGAUAAACACAUUCUAUUUUUAUUUCUAUGUUGUUAUUCCUGUUUAAUACUAAUCUUGAACAAUAGGAGAUAUUGAGUUUUUUACACUUUUUUUUUACUUUUUCCUUAAAACACUGGCAUUUCAAUUAUAUGAAAUGUAAAAAUGAAAUGUAAAAUUUCUAAUUUAAGCUUGAUUUCCUAUUUUGAAAGCAAUCUACAUCAUCUGAACCUAUAAUUCUCCAAAGAUAUUUUAAUGCUCUAAAAGUAAAUCAAAUCCCCGAAAAUAAAAACCCCUCUAAAGUUCAGAAUGGCUGGACACAAAGCUUCCUUGGAAGGACAGGACCAUGGGACUAGGAGGACUUUUUUUGGCAUCACAGGCAAGGGAAAUGGCAUUCUCUUAAGUGCCAUGUACAUAGAGAUCUGUGUUGAGUACCUCUGCUGUAAACAGUGCAGCAAGACAUUUAGGGAGCUACAGUACCUGGAGGUAAGGUAAUAUCCACUGAUAUUACUACCCUCUGUGUUAGGCAGGCUUAUGUCUCCUUUCCACCUACAGAUUCUUCCAAAAAAUACUCUAUAUUUGAACAAGAAUUUUUCAAUGAAAUAAAGCUAAACUUGGCCGAAUUAUGUGCCUGAAUUGAGAUCUUUUAUUAGUUGAUCUGUAAAAAGUGAAAUCAGAUUUUCCUCACUAUAUUGUAAGACCUCAAUAGGAAAGAACCAUCUGCAUCUCUGAUUUUGGAUUUUCUAAUCGUGGUGACCAACAUGAAAAUAAAUGUGCCAAAUAAAUGUAGUUUUCAGCGUUCCUGAAUAAGUUCUACCUACACCCACUGCUGGAGGCUUCAGUGACCUAUGAAGUGCGAAACUGAACUGAGUACAAGAAGGCAGAACUUCAUCCUUAACCUUGUUGGGAGAAACUGCAUUUUAUUGUUAUAUUGCAAUCAUGUGACUUUGGGUGUUCACAAUAUGGGAAACAGUGUUUGCAUGUUUGAGACUUCAUACUGUGUUUACUAAUCAAAAUUCUGUGAAUUGUAUCAAAAUAUUUUAAGGACAUUUCUUGUGUUUUAUGAGAAAUUAUUCAUGUAGUGCCGUAGUGAGGAAGCUUCGCGGGCUUGCAGGUUGCCCCUAUGCCAAGCUUACUUUAAGUUACCAU